GUGGUGAGAAGCGCGUCGAGAUAUCGACCUCGCGACCCAGCUUUCGAUAUCAACUCUCGAUCGACCCCCGAGAGUCUUCUUUAUAGCGAUGUAUAGUCCGCACAUGCUACACAUAUAGACACAUACAAAACCACACAGGUCCCACGCAAUGCCGCUAGCCCCCCUGGAUAAGAUAAACACCAACACGCCAAAGGGCAUCCGAGCGUACGAGCACGAGGUCGAGGACUGGUGGACGAAGAAGCCCCCCGGAUUUGAUGCCCUCCAAUAUGCCCUGUACCACCAACGCUUCCCUAUCCACCCCUCUAGACCUCACCUAGAAGAAGCAGGUCCUGACAACAACUGGGCUGUGUGUGAAGGAUGUGGGUUUAUCAAGCAUCCUGCCGGGAUUCAUACGGUGGCGGGGUCCGCAGUGGUGUCGGAGAUGGAGCUCAAGAUGAGGCAGGCCUAUCAUCAGGUGAAUACUCCGAAGGUAGUCAGGUUGAGGGCGCUCUACAGUGAUCUGAGAUAUCGACCGAUGAAUCUCAAAGGAAUCUCCUCUCUAAUCAGGCUCGCUGGAGACGUUCCUCCCUGUGUAGAAGGCGGGGAUGCGGCAAAGAUCGCUCAGCGUCAACGUCUUCUGUGGAGCCCGGCCUGGAACUCGGCCUCGGUCCCAUCAUCUUCGACCACUCCCGCCGUACCUUCCAGUUCGACGACGACCUCAGCUGCACCUAUUAGCUCGAGGGUCCCGGCCGCUCCUUCCAGUUCGACCACUCCUGCCGCUCCUAUCGGCUCGACAACCUCCGCAUCCUUCUCCCCGACCCCAACGGCCUUGGCCACAAGCAGCCCUACUUCCUUACGCACCCUAGAGCCGCCGCCAUCUUUCCCCAUUCGAUCCGAAGACCGCGAGCGAGAGUUGCAACGGGCAGAAGAGAGGGAGCGAGCGUACGAGAAAAGGGUGCAAACGCUGGAGUCCGAAGUCAAAGAGGCAGGAGGGAGGGAGCGAACGUUGAGAGACGAGGCGGAGCAAUCUCGCAAGGCUUCGGGAGACCUGGAGCGGGCGUUGAGGGACGAGGCCGAGCGAGCACGCAAAGCUUGGGAGGUCCGGGAACAGGAGCUGAGGAACGAGCUGGCCGAGAAGAACAAGGAGUUGGCCGGCAAGGACAUUGUACAUGCCCGGCUAGAAGCGAGGAUUGAAGCUGCUCGACACUCGGGUGAUCCCUGCCUCUCUCGAGCUUCAAUACUACAGAUCCUGGCCGUGUGGGACCAGGGUGGUGGACCCGACGGCGACCUAGGCGACGUCGAGAUCGACCUGCACGGCUUCGUGCUUCCCCCGUCAAACAACUCGGACCUGCCCCUGCGAUGGCCUGACCUGCCUCAUGGACGGGAACAGCUGGAGCGCCGAAUCCAAGCACUCUUAUCAAAGCCCCUGACUCCUCAGGCCAUCCUCGACAUCACCCGCUGUACCCAGAAACUCUCGGAACCGGUCUGGUCUCGCCGGUGGAUCCGCUUCAUAGAUCCACGGGUACGACAUGAGGGCCUCGAGGAUAACGUGGCGGCGGUCAGAUUGGCUCGGGCGAUCAUUGACCUAGCCGUUUCUCUCAUCGGCGACGACGACGACGCCGACGAUGACGACAAAGCCUAGGAAGGAUUUUACGACGAAAUAUUAUGCUACUUUACGGAUCUACGACACCCCCUUACGCCUAGUUGAUAGAAUGCCACUUUACGACCGGCUUAUGCUAUGUCGCUCUACGACCGACCCGUGUCAAUAUACGAAUAUUAUGCAUGUCACAAGCCUAUCUGACGUCGACCCCGACCUGAAUGAACUUUUGAAGAUCGGCUCCUUGACACGCGGCAUGUACCGAGCAGUUGUCAGGUUCGGCCGGUCGAUUCGACAAAGACCUUGAGCAAGCUUGUCUUCGACCUUGACUACGUGACCACGACUCCGCCUCUGGCCUCUGUGAA